UUUUGUGUUAUCUGGCCAUACUAAGCGAAAGUGACACGACGACGAAUAUUUAAAUUGUUUAUAUUUAUUUAACUGACCACACAAUAACAAUCAUGUCCGCCAUCGAUGAACUGCAAGCCCUUAUAGUCGAACUCAAGUCCGAGCUAGAGGCACAAAAGACCGAAACACGGCAGCAACAGGCUCAGGCUCAACAGGCACGCCAACGAAUUGACCGUAUGUCGGCUGAGGUGGUGGACUCCAAUCCAUAUAGCCGUCUGAUGGCAUUGCAGCGCAUGAACAUUGUCAAGGACUACGAAAGAAUAAGAGAAAAGACAGUUGCCGUUGUGGGUGUUGGCGGUGUGGGCAGUGUAACAGCCGAUAUGCUAACACGCUGCGGCAUUGGCAAACUAAUACUCUUCGACUAUGACAAAGUGGAGCUAGCCAAUAUGAAUCGUUUGUUCUUCACACCCGACCAGGCGGGUCUAAGCAAAGUGGAGGCAGCUGCUCGCACCUUGACAUUCAUCAAUCCCGAUGUGAAAAUCGAGACACACAACUAUAAUAUUACGACUGUGGAUAAUUUUGAUAACUUUUUAACAACAAUUUCACAAAGCGGCACCGAACCAGGUACUCCAGUAGACCUAAUUUUAAGCUGUGUGGAUAAUUUCGAAGCACGUAUGGCCAUCAAUGCAGCCUGCAAUGAGCACUCGCUCAAUUGGUUCGAGUCCGGAGUAUCGGAGAAUGCUGUCUCUGGACACAUUCAGUUUAUCCGUCCCGGCGACACCGCCUGUUUUGCCUGCGCCCCGCCUUUGGUUGUUGCCGAGAACAUCGACGAACGCACAUUGAAGCGAGAGGGCGUUUGUGCUGCUUCCCUGCCCACCACUAUGGGCAUUACGGCCGGCUUUCUCGUACAGAAUGCUCUCAAAUAUUUACUCAACUUUGGCGAAGUUUCCGACUAUUUGGGUUACAAUGCUCUCAACGAUUUCUUUCCAAAAAUGACACUCAAACCCAAUCCUCAGUGCGAUGAUCGUCAUUGUUUAUUGAGACAAAAGGAGUUCCAGACUAAGCCCAAGCCGGUUAAAAAAGAGGUGGAAAUUGUGGCUGAAGAACCUUUGCAUGCCACCAAUGAAUGGGGCAUUGAACUGGUAGCCGAAGAUGCACCUGCAACUGAAGAUGCAGAUGAACCAAAACCCAUAGUAUCGGAUAUCGGAGAAGGUUUGCGUUUGGCAUAUGAAGCUCCAAGCAAGUCAACGGAAACGACAUCUGAGGCAACAACAACGACAACCGGCGAUGAGACAAGUCUGGACGAUUUAAUGGCACAAAUGAAAUCAAUGUGAAUGGAUAUGGAAUAAUUGACACAAAUAAAACCGAAACUAUGCGGAUGGACUAAUUUCGGCUGUGCCGUAGUUAGGUUCGAGUGGAAACUUUUUUUUAUA